AAGGAGAGACGGUCUUGGCUGCCUCCUCUGCUUUCCAGCAGCAGCAAAGCAACGCUUUCCAAGAGGAGAGCGCAGAUCGGGAGAGGGCCAGAUUCUGCCGACUCACAACCAGCACCCUCAACUCUGACAGGCUCUCUCUGAGCCGAUCAGGCAGCGUGUGCAUGCGCCUCUUCCACGCCCCUUCCACAACUCUGCCAACUCGGGGUUGCUUUGUAUAAUGGGACGUGGGAACGCCUGCCUGCGGGAGCAUGUGCUCUGCCACUGAUCCUGGCUCGCAGCGCACGCCCUCCUUAAGACUGUUUGCAAACCCAGAACCUUGAAAGGAGCAAAGAGAAGCCGAUCCACAAGGACAGCACGAGACAGCCAUGCCCAUCUCGAGGAAGUUCAGAGGGCAAACUUCACCCACUGUUGCGCUAUAAAGAAUAUUGCUGGGUGUUCCCUGCCGCACUCAAGGUGCAUGUAUGUGCAUAUACUGAAGAUCUCGCUCUCUCUAUAUAUCUCUCUGCCUUCUUUCCAUUUGGGGCAUUCGCUGCAAACAGAGCAGCAACUCAGAGAACUGACAGCAGGAGCGUUUAAAAUGAAGACUGAAAAUCAAUAUACGGGCGGCGUGCCAUGCGAAGGCAGGAAGGGGAGAAUGACCCUCGUCCUCAGCUUGGUGACCUUCGUGGCUGCCUUUGGUUCAUCUUUCCAGUACGGCUACAACGUCUCCGUGAUAAACUCUCCAGAACUGUUCAUGAAAGCUUUUUACAACGAAACCUACUUUGAAAGGAAUGGGGAGUACAUGAGCAAGGACAUGAUGACAGCCCUCUGGUCGAUCACAGUGUCCUUCUUCCCGCUUGGAGGGUUCUUUGGGUCGCUUUUGGUUGGCCCCAUGGUGAACAAAUGCGGCAGAAAGGGCACCUUACUGAUCAACAACAUCUUCUCCAUCAUCCCUGCAAUUCUCAUGGGAGCCUCCAAAGUGGCAAAGACUUUCGAAGUGAUCAUCGUCUGUCGGAUCAUCAUUGGCAUCUGUGCAGGCUUGUCUUCCAACGUUGUCCCCAUGUACCUUGGAGAGCUGUCUCCCAAAAACCUAAGGGGGGCCGUGGGAGUGGUCCCGCAGCUCUUCAUCACCAUCGGGAUCCUCGCUGCUCAGAUUCUGGGCAUGCGGAUGAUCCUCGGAAGCACAGAAGGCUGGCCAAUUCUGUUGGGUCUAACUGGGAUCCCUGCAGUACUGCAGCUUUUCCUGCUUCCCUUUUUCCCUGAGAGUCCCAGGUACCUGCUGAUCCAGAAGGGAGAUGAAGCGAGUGCCAAAGCAGCCCUGAAGAAGCUGAGGGGCUGGGAUGACGUAGAGGAGGAGAUGGAGGAGAUGCGCCUGGAGGACCAGGCGGAGAAAGCCGAGGGGCGGAUGUCUGUGCUGACCCUCUUCACCUACCGAGGCCUCCGCUGGCAGCUCAUCUCCAUCAUCGUGAUGAUGGCGGGGCAGCAGCUCUCUGGGAUUAACGCCGUCUACUACUAUGCUGACAGUAUCUAUAGGAGCUCAGGUGUGGAGGAGAACGAUGUGCAGUUCGUGACUGUGGGGACAGGGGCCGUCAACGUCGUGAUGACGUUGUUAGCGGUCUUUAUCGUCGAGUCCCUGGGGCGGAGAAUUCUGCUUCUGGCCGGUUUUGGGAUCUGCUGUGUCGCCUGUGCUGUGCUAACGGUGGCUCUGAAUCUCAAGCACAUCAACGGGAUGCCCUACUUGAGUAUAGCCUGCGUUAUCGCCUAUGUCAUUGGACACGCUAUCGGAGCCAGCCCGAUUCCAAGUGUGAUGAUAAUUGAGAUGUUCCUCCAGUCAUCUCGCCCAGCGGCAUUCAUGGUUGGAGGCUCUGUUCACUGGCUUUCAAACUUCACAGUGGGUCUGGUCUUCCAAUACAUGGAUCAAGGACUCGGGGCCUAUUCCUUCCUCAUUUUCUGCGGCAUCUGCUUGCUCACCGUCAUUUACAUCUUCCUGGUAGUCCCCGAAACCAAGAACAAAACCUUCAUGGAAAUCAACCAGAUCAUGGCGAAGAGGAACGGCACGGAAGAAGAGGCAGACAAAGAGGAGCUGAAGGAUUUCGCCACCAUCUCACAGCCUUACAGCAAGAAAGCCGAGGCGCAGAGGAACAGCGCCCUUUAAGACGCCUCUGGUCCCUUGCCCAGGAGUGGCUGAAGCCCAACUCUCCUCCAGCCGUCUUGGUGGGACAUGCCAUGCUUCGAAUUUCCUUCCCCUCCCCGCAUUGUCGUGGGCGAGGUGUAAAUAACCCCGUGUAGCUGUGCCCUCCAGUACCCUCCUUGCUACAUCCUUCUCACAUGGACAAAAACUCCCACCAGCACCUGUCCACCCAAAAAGAUACUGCCCUUUCUCUAGCAUCAAAGACUUUGCCAUUUCUGGAUGCCUUGCCUGUAAUUCACCUGUUCAAGACAUAUUUCUGAAGAACCAAGAUGGGGAACUUAUUCCCAGUUCGGAAGCGUUUCCAAAGACGGUAACUGAGUUUGGAGGAUGUUGGCAAAGUGAUCUGCAGGCAGAUGUGGGUUUGGUUGUUAGGCUGCUGUGAAUCCAUCUGACCUGAGAUUCACUGUAUGGCUGGACCCAAAAUCCUCUUAGAAAUGUAGCGUUUCCUCUCUGCAUUUCAGCGCAGGGGGAAGCAUUUCCUUCUCACGAAGCCAUGCUGCUUACGCUGGGGUAAGGUGAACAGACAAUUCUUCUGCCUUCACAUCCCACAAACUGAAGCACAGACCUGGGGAUGUACUCGGAGGUGACUCACGAUAAUCUGAUUUUAGACACCUAGCAUGCAAUUCCUCUUUGCCAAAGGCAGAGGACGUGCCAAAAUUCAGCGCCUUGUAAAAGAUACGAACAAUAAUCAAGCGAGGCUGCACGGGAAAGUCUCACAGAGCUGGAAGGGGUCUCAAGAGCAUCCAACCGUGUUUAACAAUUUUCCAUGUUAUGUGGAAAUCAGGGACUUUGGCUGAGGCUUUGACACCCCCUAUCACAGCAGUGGGGGACAUAAUUGUGCCCCCCAGACUCUCUGCCAUUGACCCACAAGACCAUUUCAGCCAAGCCACAGGCCAUCUUAUUGGAGGGUUUCUAGUAGACCCAUCAAAGAGAAUGAACAUGACUACCUUAGAUUCAUGCAUUCCAGUGGGUCUGCACUGAGCAUAAUUCAGUUGGAUACAAUCCUGAGAUCUUGUAGGACGCCAGGUGCAGGCAGGUAAAGACCUGACCCAGCCAAAAAGGGCUUCGCCAAACCUACCCACCCCCCAAUCAGCCCUAGUGCAACACAAACCUAGAGGCCUUUUAUCUGCUGCAGCCCUUAUUUUAACUUUGCAUGGGGGUGGGCAUGUGACAGAGUUCCUGUUUCGCUGCAGGAAGCCCUGCCAAUGGAAAAAAGUGAAACUCUAUAUCUGUCCAAUGCCUGCACUGACAUUUCUAGCCUUAAAAAGCCCCCACGCCCAACUUGAUGUGGUUCCUAACGAGGUCUCAAAUGACACAGUGGACCCCGAAUAAUUCUGAAUUCCUUGCUGGAGAGAGUGUGUGUGUGUCUGCAGCAGGGUCAAGAUGUUUUGGCACCUAUCUCUGCUCGUUAAGGAAGUGAAAGGAGUCUGUUACAACACAGUUUUUAACCUCAGCUCUUCCCCUGCUGCAUUGGUAUCAAUUGCCAGGCUAUAAUGGUUAUAACUAAAACACUAAUUUUAAUCAUUUUGAUUUUCAUUAAAGCACUAGUGGAGCUCUAAUUCUGAUUCAGCCUUAGCUGAACAGGCAAAUAAGUCUAGAAGGCGGUAUCCCUUGAAGGCCUUCCAUCUGACCGGCUUAAGAUUUUACUGUCUGCUUUUCCUGAAAGUAGACAUUUUUCUUACCACCUACAAACAAUCAUAAAAAUUUGCAAUUUAAUUUUAAGCACAAUUUGUGUGCUUUACACUUACCAUGUGCUUUAAAAAGUGGUGAACGGGUCUCCUUGCUUGUGGAUGAAGUGAGGAAUAUAAUACACAUUUGACUUUUUAAAUUAUUGUUAUUUUAGUAUUGAACUGGGUUAUUUUAGAGGGGAAAGCAGGUUUUUAGGAUUAAGGGAUGUAUAACACACAUUCUAAGGGACGCGGGUGGCGUUGUGGUCUAAACCACUGAGCUUGCCGAUCAGAAGGUCGGCGGUUUGAAUCCCCGCAACGGGGUGAGCUCCCGUUGCUUGGUCCCUGCUCCUGCCAACCUAGCAAUUUGAAGGCACGUCAAAGUGCAAGUAGAUAAAAAGGUAAGGUAAGUUAAACAAUGUUUCCAUGUGCUGCUCUGGUUGCGCCGAAGUGGCUUAGUCAUGCUGGCCACAUGACCUGGAAAAACUGUCUGUGGAGUGGACAAACGCUAGCUCCCUCGGCCUGCAAAGUGAGAUGAGCGCUGCAACCCCAGAGUUGUUCGUGACUGGACUUAACUGUCAGGGGUCCUUUACCUUUAGCACACAUUCUGGUUUAAAUCUGUGUUUUGCUGCUGUACACCCGGCAGUGGAUUAUCUCAGCCAAGGGAUACUGGCCAAGUCAGUGGAGGCUGGUUCAUUAAGGGCAAAUCCGUUUGCCCUAAGCCACACUCCACCUGCCUGCUUUAUUCCUCAACAGAAAGUGUAGCUUCUUUCCCUUUAGUUUCAGUAUUGACCUUAUAGAACCCAACGGAGGAUGGGGACAAAACUACAGUCAGACGGCUCGGUCUGUCAUUUACUCUGGCUCCAUCUGCUGGUGAGCUCCCUGUCUUACACCCUACCAGUUGCAACUGGAACCAGCCACCUCUGGCCCAAGGAAGGAAAUGGCAGAGAACUGAUAAACGCAGGUGGUUUUUGUAUCAACAGAACUAACAAUUUCUCUCACACCGAACAGACUUGAUUCUCCUGGGUGGUGUGUAUAUAUGGAAACAAACCAAAACCCCUUUCACAUAGAAAACUCAGAUUAGAAUAGUGUUAACCUAGCCUUGCCCUUGACAUGCUAGCUUUCCACAUGCAACCUGAAGUGGCAGAGCCAGGUGAACCACCUAUGUGUGAAUUAGGCUUGCCUGAGUGGGUCCCUUUUCCUGGCCCAGUACUAAAGACUUUUUAAAAAAAUAAAACCCAGAACAAAGGAUUAAUUGCUUUAAAACAAGGCAAAUUGUUGGUCCAUCUAGCUCAGUGCUGCCUACACUGACUGGCAGUGACUCUCAGGUUUCAGGCAGGGGAUAUAUUCUCAGCUAUACUAGGAGAUGCUGGGGGAUUGAACCUGGGACCUUCUGUGUGCAAGGCAGAUGCUUUACCACUGAGCUAUUGCUCUGGGGUUCCAUAGAGGGCUCUUUCCCAGCCUUAUCUGAAGCUGCCUGGGACUGAAUCUGUGGCUCUCUAGAUGAAGCUAUGGUCUCAGCCGCACACUCCAUUUAUUGGGAUGCUCAGCUGGUCUCAACAAUCAAGGUGGGAUCUCAUAAUUGACCCGAGCUGUCCUAAGGAAUAGGCAAUGCAAUCAAAUGCUUGUUUUUCAAGAAUUUUGAGUCCCAGCAUGUUCAGUUGAUCUUGCUGCCCAGUAAGUUUUGAGCUUCAACCUAAAUCUCCCAGUUUUAUUAUGGGUUUCUGUUUACUCACUGUCUGCCCCCUCCCAUCCAUUUUCAAUUGUUGCUUGUUUGGACUUCAUAUAACAAGACACACAAGUUUAAU